UCUGGCCCGAAAAUUACAAAAAGAUUUCGUGAAUAUUAUAAAUUGCUGUUGUAAUUUAUUUCAGUCUAAUUUAACCAGUCUGAUUUAACAUUAAGCAUCGUUAUUGAAAACAUUUUAGGAUUAACAAUAUAACCUAGUUUUGGAAAGUGCGGUAUGAUGGUGGAAGGUUCAGCCUUUACCAGAAACGAUGUGUUCCAAAUGGCAAUUCGUGUUGCAUUUGUGUCCGCAGUGACUUACUUUUCAAUAAAAUGGCUCGUCAAUCAAAUAGAUCCGACGUCCAAGAGCCGGAAGAAAGCAGAGGAGAGAGCGCGGGAACAGUUACGCAAGAUAUCUUGCAGAGCGGGGCUCGGAGGGCGGCACUCGCUGGCGCUGGACAAGCUGACCGACCACGAGAUGAUCAUCGCCUCACAGCUUGUAGUACCUGAAGAGAUAAACGUGAAUUGGAAGGAUAUCGCCGGCUUAGAUCAUCUGAUUAGAGAGUUGAGGGAGACAGUGAUCCUGCCGAUACAGAAGAGAGAGUUGUUUACUGACAGCCGCCUGACACAACCGCCAAAAGGAGUACUGUUGCAUGGCCCACCUGGUUGUGGCAAGACACUUAUAGCAAAAGCGACUGCAAAGGAGGCAAACAUGAGUUUCAUAAACCUGGAUGUGUCGUUACUCACUGACAAGUGGUACGGAGAAACGCAGAAGCUUGCCGCUGCUGUGUUCUCCCUCGCAGUCAAACUGCAGCCCUGUAUUGUGUUUAUAGACGAGAUCGAGUCGUUCCUGCGCACGCGCACGCAGCACGACCAUGAGGCGACGGCGAUGAUGAAGACGCAGUUCAUGUCGCUGUGGGACGGCCUCAUCACCGACCCCUCCUGCACCGUCAUCAUCAUGGGUGCAACAAAUCGUCCUCAAGACCUGGACAAGGCGAUCCAGCGUCGCAUGCCGGCCACUUUCCACGUGCCCAUGCCCAACGAGGCGCAGCGAGAGAGAAUACUACAGCUUAUACUGAAUAACGAGCCGACGGCACCUGAUAUCGACUACAAGCGUCUAGCGGCGUGCACUGAGGGCUUCUCGGGAUCAGAUCUACACGAGCUGUGUCGCCAAGCCGCCGUGUACCGCGUGAGGGACCUCGCCCGGGCCGAGAUCGAUAGGGAGGAUCGGGCAUCGUUGAACAAAACAGAAUCAGACGACGAAUACGAGGACGCGGUGCGACCGAUCAGUAUGGACGAUCUGCGACUGUCGCUCUCCAAACUGAAGGAGUCAAAAAUACAGUGCGGCUCCAUGCCCCCUAACAUGAGGCUGGAGUUGGACUAAGUCUAUUUAGUGGAAUAUGUAUAGAGGGUUUAACGAAACCAAGGGUCUGUUUCCACCACUUAACUUGACAGAUGAAGUAUGGAGAAUCUGUCAAAAAAGUUG